UUCCUAAGCCAAUCUGCCUCCUUCCUUCCAUCAUCCUCUCAUGGUUUCUUUUCAGUCAGGCGCUAGAAAUAGCUCGAGGGGCUUGAGUCCUGAUGAAGUCUGCAGUUUGGGUGGGAACAACAGCAUGGUUGGCAUGUUUAAUUCUCUGGGUUCUGGCUUGAUCAAUCAUAUGGAUGCGACGACUUCAGUUCAGUACUCUGCGGGAUCUAUGCUUCGUGAACCAGUGCCAGGGUUUACACAUGUGUCAGGGUCGCCCGCAUAUUGGUUACAAGAAGAAAUUGAAAUUUUGCACAUAGGCCUUAUCAAAUAUUCUCAUCUCGUUGGAAUACGAAAGUACACAAUGAUAUCUUUUAUGUUGCCUAAGAAGACUAUAAGGGAUGUUGCAUUGAGGUGCCAGUGGAUCACACACAAGGAAAAUGGAAAAAGACAGAAGACGAAAGAAUUUCAUACAGCAAGAAAGGCAAAAGAUAUGCAGGAUAAGAUCGGCGGUGCUCCCUCAGCAGCCAAUAUUUCCAGGGCUCCUAGAUUGCUUUCAGGGAAUCGUAUGAAGAUCCAGGAUAUUAUACCAUCCGAAGCUCCCUCUUUAGAGCGUAUUUUGGAUGAAAAUGAUAAAGUUAUGGACGAAAUUGUAAAAAAUAUUAACCGAGGCACGUUAGAGGAGAACGUUAACAUAUUUCGUUAUGUGAAAAAUAACAUCUCGAUCGUCAAUGAUAGAAUAAGUGCAAUGUCUUCGACAUUGGACAAAUUUCCUGGAUCUAUGAGACAGAUGCCUACUUUGCAAGUAUUUGUAAAUGAUGAGCUUCUCGCAAGUCUUAUCCAUCGCACUGGAAAUGUUACCGGCCUUGCUCCUCCCAGAAAAAGCUAUCGGUUGGACGCAACGAGCAUCAGGCCGAACAUAGGAGGAUUUAGAGAGCACACAUAAGCUGUCUGUGUUCAUCUGCCGACGAGAAAGCCCCUGUAACGGCUCCAAACCAUGGAAUGACAUUGGGCAUCAAAUUCUCUCUGAAGCUAAAUUGUUUGCUGGAUAGUUGGGGGUGUAGAAAUCAAUAGGUAGAGGAAAGAAAUAAUAUAAAGUUUUUUUAUGGUCAUUAGGGGGCUCACCUCGGUGCGGAAAAAACAAUGGUAUCUGUAUGUUGUCGAUAGGUUCAAUCCGGAAAAUGUGGACUGAGAAAAGGUCAUAUGUUUCUUGAUCGAUCGUUGAUGUGACCAAGUGUAUGACGAAGCGUAUGGUGUUUAUUUCCGAUGAUCGAUCGUUGAUGCUUCUUCGGAGGUUGUGUUUGUUGUUAUCUCAUGUAGGCAAGGUCGAAUGUUGGUUUAAGUUAGUAGGACUUAAAUUUGAGUAAAAUAAUAUCAUACUUACACCUACAUUAAAAAUGAGGCAAUUUUUCAAAGGGUGUCUUUGAAGUUUGAAAA